CUUAAAAAUAAAGACGCUUAAACAAAUGAUCAACUGUAUGAUUUGCUCGACAAUAUAUCACAAAUGAGGUUUCUACAAGGUGGGUCGCCGAGUACUCUUCAGUAGUGUUAGAUAGUUACUAGACACUUAUUAUCCUAAUAAGUAGUUUGGAAGAGGUAGACCUGUACUGUGGCCAGCCAGGAAAGCAGGCUAUUCUUCAUGAAAACGAGGAGAAAAGUAUUUUGAAUCAUUAGUUACUGAGGGGCUCUAAUUAAAUUGCACAACUGGACCACUCCACGCCACUCUUUCGAUCAUUGAAUUUGAAUAGGUAGAAGCGAAUAUUUACUAUGAAUUGAGAGUAGUAUGAAAACAUCACAUUAUGUAACACCAGUAUACUAAGAUGAGCAUAUUAAGGAAUUUGUGAGAUACAUUGGCGUAUGUAGAGUGUCUGAUAGAUCCACCUCUUUUUUGGUUCAAUUUUGACGACAGUUUUUAAAUUGAUACAAAAUAAAGUUUAAUUUAGUACACUUUCAUAUCAUCUAAUGUGAUUACAGUGUAAAUUGAACCUUACAUGUAUAAUUGUCAUAAUAAUCCAUUUAAUUUACUACUUGUUGAUUUUAUACAUAACACCUAUGUAAUUAAAUUAAAAUAUAAAGCUAUACAAAAGUUGCUACCGUAAUCCAGCAAUCUUACGUCGUGCGUGAGAAACAUUCGUUUCAUUAGCACUCUUGCCUUAAUGUGAUUGCUUAUAAUGCGGUAAUACACUCUCCUAUAUCAAGCUACAAGUAAAAGGUUGCCAUGGUAAUUUUAAUGAAAACAAAGUAACUAAAGUGUGCCAUAGAUACCUACAUACCUACAUAUCUACACAACGUUGAACUUACUUUCGAAGAGUUUGUUGUAUUUUACGAUGUAAGAAUGUUUGUGAUGAGUUUUGAUUUAAAACAGUGUGUUGUCUAAUGAGUCGGUUACAAUGCAUUAUAAUGAAGAGGAUGUGGCUGACUCUAAAACAAUCCAGAUUGCUGUUCUCGGCGAACCUAAAACUGGAAAGAGUUGCCUGUGCCAUCGUUACUUGGGCGGCAAUAGCAUCGCUCCAGUGGGAGGCACGCAGGGUGCUGAGGUGAUGGCAGGCCAGUGCAUAGGACUGCGCCCCCCGGUGCCCCUACAACUGUGUGACGUCGCUGGCAACGCACUCCAGACGAACAUGCUGGCCAACUACCUGUACGAUUCUGAUAUUAUUUUAUUUGUUUACGAUCUUACAAACCUUGAAAGUUUCGAUAAGUUAGCCAUAUGGAUUCAGAGAGUGAAGGAGAUAUUUGAAAUUGAAACGACUAAGCCACUGAUGGCUCUGUUUGGCAAUAAGUCUGAUUUAGAACACCAGAGGGCUGUGAGACUAUCUUGUGUACAAAAAUUUGCAUCCGAACAUUUGUUGGAGACAUUCAAAGGAUCUGCAAGAACUGGGGAGAUGGUUAAUAACACGUUCACUACGCUCGUUGCUCGCGUAAUGGGUGUGAAGGUACAUCGUUUACCGCCAGUCAUUGUUGAGGGCAGGUCAGCACUACCGAAGGAACCUAUUGCAAAUGGACCCGCGUCCUCAGCUUACUCAGACCCCAUGCAACCACUUAUAAUGAACAGGAAAGCUUUGAGAAGAAUGCAACGGAAAGCAUCGUCGACAAUAUGCAGCAUACAAUAAAACUAUUUAUUUAAUACUUA